UAUUGCCUAUUAGUGCGUUUGGAGGGGGUUUAUAUGACAUUCCGAAUAGCUAUACAUUAUCGUGUAGUUAGUGUGACCUAGUUCAAUUGGACUUUUUUUCUGAAAGGGUGUCAGAUUGUCGGCCAUGUUUGAACUGUUUCUGUCGCUUUCGUUCUACAGUUGUGGGUCCUUUGGUAAACCAUGUCACUAAUUUCUUAGCAGUAUUUGUUUUGUUUUCGUUUAGGUUUUCUUCUUAUCAUUUAACAUUUAUUUCGCUCCUUCAAUGGACUUCAGUGGUUUGUUAUGAAACUCCGGCAGCAGUAUGGCAGGCGAGCAUCUCAUGAGUUCAGAAGAGAACUGAUACCGCGGGAAUCAACUGGAAUGCCGACUGAAUUGAGCUCUCAGGAUGGCACUGAUUUGUCAUUCACUUUACAACCUGAGCUCAUGAUGAGUUCAGGAACAUCCAACACUGAUGGCCGAGUCUCCAUAUGCAGCUCAUUAACAGGAGAAGAAAUCAGUACUGGUUCAGCUUCCCACAGGAUUAGACCCACAGGCCACAGCCACUCUCACUCCCACAGCCGAAGCCGCACUCGCACGCAUGCUGAGGCUGACUGCUCACACCCAAAUCUUGAAGUGGGGGAAUCUAGUGCUUCAUUCUCAGAAUUGCGCUACCUCUUUUGUUGUGUGCAGAAAAGUCUCCCUUUCAUCAUUAUCCUUUGUUCAAAAUUAAUUUUACAGCAUGCCCUCGGGCUGGCAGUUGGAGUCGGUCUGUUUACAACCUUUCUAUAUGUUAAUAAAAAUAUCCAGGCACAGGUUUUUCUCCAGGAUCGCCGGUCAAAGCUUCAGUGUUUCUGGCUUUUGUCCUACCUGAUGGCCUCCUCCCUACUUUUUUAUUACACGUUUGAGAUGGAUUCACUUUAUUACUGCCUCAUCCUGAUCAAUCCCCAUGUUGAGCCUAUGGAUUUAUGGGACGUUUUAUGGACUGUGGGAGUGACCAGUUUCAUUGUGAAGUUCCUCUUUAUGGGAUUAAAGUGCCUUAUUCUUCUUCUCCCUGCCUGUGUCAUGGUGUACAGAAGACGAGGUCAGUGGUACAUGUUCAUAGAAGAGCUUGGGCAGUUUUAUCAGCUAAUCGCUCCUGUGCCUCCCUGGUUCCACUACCUGCUUAGAUCCCAAGAGGUUGAUGGCUCUGUGGGAGUCACCCUGGACAUUCUCUUAGCCUUGCUUUACAUCAUUCUAAAGCUUUUGGAACUUUACAGUCAGUGGGGAUCCCUGCAGAACACAGUACAGACCUUUCUCAGUUAUGAGGUGAACGGAGCUCCUGCAACUCAGUCCCAGUGCAGUGCUGCUGGGGAUCUUUGUCUUAUCUGUCAAUCCAUGUUUAAGCAACCUCGAGUUCUAUUGUGUCAGCACAUCUUCUGUGAGGAGUGCAUUGUGCUGUGGUUCAAUCAGGAAAAGACUUGCCCCCUCUGCCGCACCACCAUUACAGAUAGGGUCCGCAAAUGGAAAGGUGGUGCAACCUCAGCUUAUUUACAAAUCUAUUGAGAGAGGUCACAUCUAAAUAUCUGAGGAAGAUAACUCCUUAACCAAAAGAAUCCACUGAGGGGAGAUAAAAGUGAAAGAAAAAAAAAAACUAAUACACCAUGUCCGAAUAACUGUACAUUUUAUAACAAAGGAGUAUGUGCCUUAACCAGGUUUUUCCUCAUGCUUUGUGCACAGUGGGCCUCAUAUAUCAAGCUGGAUAUGAACAAAUUUGUGCAUAAAUCGUUCGUAUGAAUGUUUAUACUAAAAUUAGGUAUUUAUGAAAAUUCCAUAAAUUUGGAAAAACUUUCAUAUCCUGCUCCUGUGUGUGUAAAUUCUUAUGUAAACACAAGACUAACUAACGUAUACCUUGAAUGAUCAGUAACAUACAAUUGACUGAUCGUUUUACAAAGCUUUGUCAUUUAAUCCCCACCAAACACUUGCCCCAGUAGCAGAGAAACUGUCAAUUACAUUUGUAAAUCCAGCAUAAAUUUUUUGUUCACCUUGGUUUACACAUUUAUAUACAAAUUUAUUCAAAGAUUGAUGAAUGAAGCCCAUUGUUUGGAAACACAUUUUUGAUACGUUAGUGAGAGCGCUGUGAUAUUAGGUAUACAUGUACUGUUAGCAAUGCAACACAAUUACUUCACUUUUAAUUACAUUUUUAUGUUUCAAACUUAAUUUAUGCUGUAUGUAUGACUUUGCUUGAUGUCUUUUGAUUUGAUUUGAUUUCAUUGCAUAAUACCAGAGAACGAAGACAUUUAUUCUAAAUGGAAGAAAUUUAGUACAGCAUAAUUGUAAACUUAUGGACUUCAUCUGAAGCAUACUGCAGUCCCUCUUAUAGUUACUUAUUAACAGCCUUUUUAUUGAGGAAGUUGUCAUAUUGGUGAUCAGUUUCAUGGAAUUUUUCUCAGGUAUAGCAAAAAUACAAUGCUGUGAAAGCAUUUGCCCCUUCCUGAUUUCUUCUGUUUUUGUAUAUUUCUCAUACUAAUUUUUUUCAGAAAAUAAAAAUAAAUCUAAGAUCCAACAAAGGCAACCUGAGUAAACACAAAAUACUGUUUUUAAAUUAGUUAUUUAUUGAAGCAAAAAAGUUAUCCAAUACCAACUGGUCCUGUUUGAAAAUUUGUGAAGUAUUUGCCCCUGUUAUUCCCAAAUUGGUGAAAACCACUGCUAACCCAGAACAACAUUUAAGGCUUGUAUAAAUUUUCCCAAAACACACCUUGGUGGUCCGCAAACCUUUUGGGAGAAUGUUCUGUGGAUUGAUGUGUCAAAAGUGGAACUGUUUGGAACGCAGGGGUGCCGUUACAUCUGGAGUAAACCAAACACUGAAUUCCACAAAAAGAAUAUCAUACCUGCGGUCAAGGAGGUGGCAGUGUGAUGGUGUGGGGAUGCUUUGUUGCUUCAGGGCCUAGGCAAUUUGCAGUAAUUGAGGGAAACAUGAAUUUUGCUGUCUACCAGAAAAUCCCAAUGGAGAAUUUCCGGUCUUCAGUCUGUAAGUUGAAACUCAAACGCAACGGGACUUUGCAGUCCAAAACAUAGGAGUAAGUCCACCUCUGAAUUUAUAAAAGGCAAAAUUAAAGUUUUGGAGUGGCCUAAUCAAAGUCUUGACUUGAACCAAUUGAGAUGCUGUGGCUACCCUUAAAUGGGCAGUUCAUGCUCAAACCCUCCAGUGUGGCUAAACUAAAGCAGUUCUGCAAAGAAGAGUGGGGAAAUUCCGCCACAGUUCUGUCAAAGACUGCUGCUAAAGGUGGCACAACCAGAUUUUAAAUUUAAGGGGGAAGUGAGUUUUUCCACACAGGUGUUUGGAUAAUUUUUUUUUUUUUUUUUGCUUCAAUUGAAAAGAUAAAGUGUAGUGUUUACUCAGGUUACCUUUUAUGUUGUAUUUCGUUUGAAGAUCUAAAACGAUUCAGUAUGACAGACACAAAAACAAGAAAUCAGGAUGAGGCAAAAAAAAAAAAAAAACCCCAGCACUGUAGUUUUUGAUGAAACUGGGACCUUUCUUUAUGUAGUUGAGCUCCACAAUAAUGAAGUCUAUUAAAUAUUUAUAACUAACAUACUGGGUGAUGGCGGUCAAUAGUAGUACAGUAACGGUUUUGUUUUGUUCAUUGUAUUUUGAUUUGAGGCUGUCUUAAAUCAUAUUUAAAUAUGAUUAAAGUUCUAAAUGUGCACUCACUGCUUUGCAAUAAACCUAAGAAUAUGCAUUUAUUUUCCUAUGGUUCAAAGAAUUUUCAAAUGUUUGUAUUUCAAAAAAACUAUUUUAAAGCAAAUAUUAAAAUCGAAUAAAUUGUGGAUUUUGAAACUUUACUACUUUUUCCAUACAGUGUUAGACAAAAAUCAGUAUCGGUUAAUUGACAGUUUACACUGUGGGAGCAAGGGCAUGGUCAAGUGUCAGCUACAAAUGGAAAUGGGGUGGGUUGAACCAGCAGACAACACAUGAUGAUUGGCGAGUUUGUUUCUGUGUGCUUUAUGUGGAAGAAAUUUAAUAAAUCAAUAUUCAAGCCGAACAGUAAACGUCAAGACCGUGCUCUGUGCUUACUUUUACAUGUAUUGUAUAAUGUAGUAAUACUACCCCAUAUUUUAUUUUAUUUUAUUUUAUUUUAUUAAACUUUAAAAAGUUGUGCAUUAUUAUUUAUAUCAUUGUAUCUUGUAUUAUUUUGUUCUUGCAGUAAAAUAAAAAUGAUAAAGUUGGA